AUGAACGGCGCUAGCGGUCUUAACUCGCAAAGUUCAUUGAUAAACACUUCUAAUUCUGGUGUUAUCCAUAGCCCAACUAGUAUGAAGGUUGAAAACAUAAGUCGAGCCACAACUUCAAAGGACAACACCCGUGAUAGCUCCGAAGACCUGCUAGAUCUCAAAGGAAAAGUUGAAUCAAGGUUGCUAUCGAUGUGGAAUAAUGUAAAAUUUGGAUGGACAGUAAAAUUAAAAACUACAUUUUCAAAAGAAUCCCCAGUAUGGCUCUUAGGACGCUGCUAUCAUCGAAAGUUAAGUCCAAGUGGUUCUCUAGAAUCUUCCACAGAAAUUGGAACUGAAGCAACAGCACAUAAUCCUAUGGAGCAGAUAUAUGGAGAAGGUAUAGAAGGAUUUAAGUCUGACUUUGUUAGCAGAAUAUGGAUGACAUAUAGAAGAGAGUUUCCUAUUAUGUCUGGUUCUACAUUUACUACAGACUGUGGGUGGGGUUGUAUGCUGCGCAGUGGGCAAAUGUUACUAGCGCAAGCAUUGGUGUGUCAUUUUCUAGGACGUUCUUGGAGAUGGUUACCAGACCGAACUAUUCAGAAUGCCAGAGAAUUUCAAGAAGAUUGUCUCCAUCGUAUGAUAAUAAAAUGGUUUGGAGAUAAAUCAUCUGUAAAUAGCCCUCUAUCUAUUCAUCAAAUGGUUAAUUUGGGAGAAGCCUUAGGAAAGAAGCCAGGGGACUGGUAUGGUCCAGCUUCUGUGGCACAUUGCUUAAAGGCUGUAAUGAGUGCAGCUUCUAAAGAAAAUUAUGAGUUUGAUAACUUAGAAGUGUAUGUUGCGCAAGAAUCUACAGUUUAUGUUCAAGAUGUAAAUUCACUUUGCCUUCUCCCUAAUGGUGCUUGGAAAUCCCUUAUCCUGUUAGUGCCCGUAAAACUAGGAACAGAUAAAUUAAAUUUAAUUUAUGGUCCUUGUUUGACCUCACUUCUCACUUUGGAUUUUUGUAUAGGUAUAAUUGGAGGACGGCCUAAGCACUCGUUGUAUUUUGUUGGAUAUCAAGACGAUAGACUCAUUCACUUAGAUCCACAUUACUGCCAAGAGAUGGUUGACGUAUGGCAACCUAACUUUUCACUUCAGUCAUUUCAUUGUCGCUCACCGCGAAAAAUGCCUAUUAGCAAAAUGGAUCCAUCAUGUUGCAUUGGUUUUUAUUUAGCUACCCAUCAUGAUUUCGAAUCAUUUGUAAAUGUCAUAAAAUCAUUUUUAACUCCUCGAGGAAUGUUAUCAAGCAAUGAAUACCCCAUCUUUUCAAUUAAUUAUGGAUCUCGUAAUACAAUCAUGAAUCCACCUCAAAUAAGAUACUCUAUAUAUGAAUCUGAACCAAAUUGGGCUACUACAGCAGUUCAAGAUAGUGAUACUGAUUUAGAAUCAGAAGAAUUUGUUCUAGUGUGA